CUGUCAUGGUGACGGACGCCAUGCUGCGAAAGGAGCAAGUAAACCCGAGUAUCCGGGAAAGCCAGCGCUUCCGGGAGGAGGAGCUAAGCUGUGAGUGCAGGGGGUGGGUGCACCAGAGACAGAUCGGACAACAGGCACAGUAGCUACAUACUCUCCUGGGACUUCUAGGGCACAAGAACGGCCAGGAAACCUGUUCACAAGCUAACCUGUUCUGAGCCACCGCUGCAUUACUCAGUAGAUUUAUUUUCUUCCCCAGCUGACAUGAUUCAGAAUCCAGAUUUCAGACGGGGAGACCAUGGAAAAGCGCCACACAGGAUUGCCGUCCUAUAAACCGAAGCUUUGUGUGCUGUGGCCAUUCACUUGUGUGACAUGGUUUCAACUACUUUACUCCUUCACUUGGCUGAUUAGCUCCGGGACAGGCACCAAUCCCAGCAAUGCUUUUUGCCAGGAUAGUAGCGUUCACUUUGGGUUUGGCAUUAGAACUAUGAAUGCUCCUUUUCUACAACUGGUAGCAGGCCCCAAAACUGUGCAUUCUUGCCAGGCCGCCUGCUGUCAAACCCCACUCUGUAAUGCCUUUUGGCUUCUGAAGAACACUUGCAUGCUAACAACCUGCAGAACUCUACAAGAAUGCAAUGCAGCCAAAACUGACUCUAUAGGCUCCUUUGUCGUUUUCAUAAAGAGGUCGGAAGCCACUCUAUUUAAUUUGAGGCCAGCAAUAGUUGACCAUCAAGAGAUUCAGGAUUGGAUAAAAUGGACACCUGAAAAAGCAAAAGUUUUCAACAGAAGGAGACGGAGCAGAGGACCUCUGCAAAGGGUUAAAAGGAAAGGGGCUCAGUUGAGAGAUGGCAAAAGUGAAGAUAAUGACGGUGGUCUGGUAAUCACAACUGCUGAAACAAUUCACAAAGAAACUUCUGAGAUAGGAAAACCUACCCAGCUACCCAACACACAGUCUUCAAGCAACCCAGUCACAGGAAGACCUUCUUUUGAUUUCAGUGAUAAUGUCACUGCUGCAUUACCUAAAGAUCCAGUGACUACUGGGCAGGAAAUAUCCCACAGUAUUGUCACCAUUGUACCCAAUGUACAAUCCAGCAAUUCAAGCGCACAACCCACUACACAACCUACCAGCACUCCUGAAACAGUCACAAACAAGUUAGUGGUAUCUGCUGGAGAUAGUGUGGAGGUCACACUGCCAAAAAAUGAAGUUCAGCUAAAUGCUUUUGUUGUUCCUGAGCCACCAGAAGGAAAAACGUACACAUACGAUUGGAGAUUGAUAACCCAUCCAACAGAUUACAGUGGGGAGAUGGAAGGAAAGCACUCCAGAGAAUUAAAGCUGUCUAAGCUCACUGCUGGCCUGUAUGAGUUCAAGGUGAUUGUGAAUGGAGAAAAUUCACACGGAGAGGGUUUUGUUAAUGUCACCGUUAACCCAAAACUACGAGUCAACCAGCCUCCUGUGGCCAUUGUGUCUCCACGUUAUCAAGAAAUCUCCUUGCCAACUACUUCCACAGUUAUAGAUGGCAGCCAAAGUACAGAUGAUGAAAAAAUUGUUAGCUACUAUUGGGAAGAACUGAAGGGUCCACUGCGAGAAGAAAAAGUAACAGCAGAAACCCCAGUAUUAAAACUUAGCAAUUUGGUGCCCGGGAACUAUACCUUCAGCCUGACUGUCACAGAUUCAGACGGAGCCCAGAAUUCCACCACUGCAAACCUUACUGUUAGCAAAGCUGUUGAUUAUCCUCCUGUGGCCAAUGCCGGGGCCAACCAGGUCAUCACCCUUCCCAAAAAUUCCAUAGUCCUCUUGGGUAAUCUUAGUACUGACGACCAUGGUAUUGUCAGCUAUGAAUGGUCACUGAGCCCCAGCAGCAAAGGAAAGGUUGUGGAAAUGCAGGGAGUCCGAACAGCAAAUCUGCAGUUAUCUGCAUUACAGGAGGGAGACUACACUUUCCAGCUGACAGUUACUGACUCUGCAGGACAGCAAUCAACCAGCGAGGCAACAGUAAUUGUACAGCCAGAGAACAACAAACCUCCCGAGGCAGAUGCAGGACCAGACAAAGAGCUUACUCUUCCUGUAGAUAGCACAACCCUGGAUGGAAGCAGGAGCACAGAUGAUCAAGGGAUCUCUUCUUACAUGUGGGAGAAAACAAAGGGUCCUGAUGGAGUGAAAAUCACAAAUUUUAAUGGCAGCAUUGCAACAGUAAGUGGCCUGCAGGUUGGCACCUAUGAAUUCACACUGACUGUAAAAGACGAGAGGAAUUUACAGAGCCAGAGCACCGUCAGUGUCAUUGUGAAGGAGGAGAUCAAUAAGCCGCCUGUCGCCAAAAUUGCAGGAAAUGUGGUUAUUACUCUCCCAAGUAACACAGCAGAGUUGGAUGGCACAAAGUCCUCUGAUGACAAGGGAAUUGUAAGCUACCAGUGGGAGAGGGAUGAAGGGAGUCCAGCAGCUGGGGAGGUUCUUAAUGGAUCUGAUCGUCAUCCAGUGCUGUUCCUCUCUAAUCUAGUUGAAGGGAUAUACUCUUUUCACCUGAAAAUAACAGAUGCCAAAGGAGAAACUGACAAUGACAGGGCAACUGUGGAGGUGAAACCUGACCCAAUGAAAAACAAUCUGGUGGAGAUGAUUCUGAAUGUCAACGUCAGUCACCUAACUGAGAGACAAAAGGGCAUGUUCAUGAGGCAGAUUGGGGUCCUGCUGGGUGUGCUUGAUUCAGAUAUUAUUGUCCAAAAGAUCCAGCAGUACACAGAGCAAAGCACUAAGGUGGUUUUCUAUGUGCAAAAUCAGCCCCCUCAUCAGACACUGAAGGGAUACCAGGUGGCCUGGACACUUCGAAAUGAACUGCGCAAACAACAAAGUGAUUUCCUCAUCUUCAAAGCUCUGGAAAUUGACACAUUUACCUGCCAGCUGAAUUGUUCCUUCCACGGCCACUGCAACUCUCUCACCAAGCGCUGUGUCUGUGACCCAUUUUGGAUGGAGAACUUAAUUCGCCGACAAUUUGGUGAUGGAGAAAGCAAUUGUGACUGGAGUGUUCUUUAUGUCAUCAUCACAAGCUUUGUUGUUGUUGUGGCUCUCGGACUGCUAAUCUGGUGUACAAUUUGUUGUUGCAGAAAGAAGAAGGGGAAAACCAAACGCAAGAGCAGAUAUAAGAUACUGGAAGGUACUGAUGAUCAAGAACAUAUGGAGUUGAAACCCAGCCUUAAACCAGGAGUGAAACUGAAAGUUCCAAUUCAGAAUACCAGUCUGAUGCACUCUGAAUCAGAGAUAGACAGUGAUGAGAACACGUACACAUGGUCAGACAGGGAAAAAGGCAAGCUACUGCGACCUCAAAAUGGUUCUUUGCGUAAUGGACAAGCCCAUCACAAGGUCAAAACCCAGAGAGAAGAAGUUUUAUAGCUGGAAGGAGCCUUGCACAAGCAAAGGAAUGCUUAACCACCUUCGUGUCGCAGAUACCGACUUUCAAUAUUACACUUUCUACUCUUGAAGCUGCUAACUUGAACUGCUUUUAAACAGAUGGAUAUUUUAUUAGCUCAUCAUCACUCCAUAGUUCUUGUAGGAGCUAUGUAACUGGACAUACUUGAACUGGAAUUGCAAAAUGGGAAAACUACUAGAAACUAAUUUAAUUGCUUUUUUUCUGCACAUAAACCUGGGGUUGAAUAAUCUCAGGAGUGAGCCACUUUUUUUUAGGAAAAUUGUGUCCCCCAUGAACUGCACUAUCUCCCACCCCUAGCUUGAAGGCUAAAAUGUGAAAGACGCUGGGCAUCCUCUCCAGCUCUCAGAUUAAUAUGGCUCUGUCUUGAAGCCUGAGUUUGGCUUCGAAAGAUAGUGUUGUUUGGCUUCUGGUUUUUAACCAAAACAAAACAAGUUACCAAAAGCUGCGUUUUUUAUGGCUAAGAAACAUUGAUAAAGGAACUGUAGAACACUGAAUUCAGUAAAAGAAAAAAAAUCAAAUGUAUUGUGUUUAAUAAAGUCCAACACUGAA